CUGACUCCUGAGGAAGUCAUGCAACCAUGAGGGCGCAGCAGAGCAAGCUGCGUCUGUUUGACCAGCUGAUCGUUCCUCCCAGUGAGAGGAGGGAAGGCAGGGAGGGGAGGAGUGACCACUGAUGCUCCACUAAUCUGCAUCGGAGAGCAAAAGCAGACGACUGAAACGGCAGCUGCGACGAGGAAAGACACCUUUUUUUCUGCUGGCGAUGGGCAGAACUCAAAGGAAGUGGUACAUUGUGGAGAAAGCGUCAACGGCAGUUUAUUUUUAGAAGCCUGCUUGUUUGAAAGAGGAAGACAAACUAAUCGAGGAGGAAGAGGAACCCCAGAGGAAGUAACAGCAGCAGUGUUUUUUUCUUUCGCUUUUUUGUUUACUCACAACCUUGUGCAGAGAUGUCCUGGUUAUCUCCUGUUCAGUGGGCCAAAUGGACAUGGUCAGCAGUGACGGGGGUCUCAGGAGAUGACAACGAUGACAAUUCAGACUCGGAAGGAACCUACGAGACCCCGGAGGCAGAGUCUCCAGGUGUGGUGAAACUGCUGAGUCAACUGGACAACUCCACACUCACAGACCAAUUUGUCGACAAGAAUUUUAGCCAGGAUGAGGUUGACGCUCUAAACAACCUGACUGGCUCGUCCCCCAACAACAACAGCUUUGGUCUGAACCAGAACCUCAAUCUGACUUUGACACCGAAGACCUCAUACCAAUCAAAGGCCGCAUCGCCAGCGCAACGACCUCCGUCUCUACCAGUCCGCUCCCCGCUGAACACGCCGGAUCCUUCAGAGGUGGACGAUGAGGCGCCUGUCAUCUCCAACCUGAGCCCAGACUCAAACUUGAACCCAGGCCAUGACCUCCAAACGCAUCAUGACUUGCUCAAUGGCAAUGUGAACUCCCAUAAUGCAAAACCGGCCUGCUACCAGGAGGGAAGUGCUGUCGACAUUAUCACUAACUCAUGUAAAGUGAAGUCAGAGCAGCCGACACAAAAGAACCUCAGUGGCCAGGCUGAUCGAGGCGACCAUGCCACUGAUGAGGAGAAGUUGGCCUGUAGCACAUGUGUCAAAGCAGACAAGGACCAAAGCGACGAAAUCUGCCACGAGUCUUGCACACCGGAAGAGCCAGACAGCUGCACACUGGUGAGAACUGCACUUAAUCACAAAGAAGACUCGAGUAAGUGGAAGAGCAAAUCAGGAGGAAGUGGCAUACAGAAAACGGGAAGUGAGGUUCUGGACUCCAUCUGCAUCAAUGAGAAGGAGAAAGAAGCUGUUCUAACGCUCAUCAGAGAGGAGAUCUUCACGAAAGAGACUGAAGUGAACGAGUGGAAGAGGAAGUAUGACGACAGCAGACAGGAAGUCAAUGAGAUGAGAAAGAUUGUUGCCGAGUAUGAAAAGACAAUUGCUCAGAUGAUUGAGGAUGAGCAGAGGAACAGCCUGAGCUCCCAGAAGGCUCUGCAUGCUGUAACCAUGGAGAAAGAUGCGGCGCUGACAGACCUAAACUCAGUGGAACGCUCCUUGUCUGACAUUUUUCGGCGCUAUGAGAACCUGAAGAGUACCCUUGAUGGCUUUAAGAAAAAUGAAGAGGCGCUGAAGAAAUGUGCUCAGGAGUAUCUGGCCAGAGUCAAGCAGGAGGAACAGAGAUACCAGACACUCAAAGUCCAUGCAGAGGAGAAGCUCGACAAGGCCAAUGAGGAGAUCGCUCAGGUGCGCACAAAGGCGGCCUCCGAGAGCUUGGCGCUGAACGCCAGCCUGAGAAAGGAGCAAAUGAAGAACGAGUCACUGGAUCAAACCCUGCAGCAGAAGAAUGAAGAGAUUGAGGAGCUCACAAAGAUCUGUGACGAGCUCAUUGCCAAAAUGGGCACCGGUGACUGAGACAAGUCAUCACUGAGCUGAAGCUACCGAUGACUUUUCACGCGUAGUCGUCUGUUUCGAUUGCAAUUUGUGGACCCCUCGUGCUUUUGGAAAUCCUGCCUGCAAACAAUAACAACGAUGUGCUUGUGGCUGGACUGAAAUUCCCAGCCGCUUAACGACGUAAAUGUCAUCCAACUCUCCCUGCAUGGCGUCAUCAAAUUUAAGGCAGGCCGAAGUCCCUUUUGACUCGUAUGCUCAGAAAAACUUAAACAAGAUUUAUUUUAUGUUUAUAGCAAUUUGAUUUAUUCUUCAAAUAAUGGAAUUGUGUGGCAUCAGAUGAUCGCCAUGGUUGCACAACAAGAGAGAUUGAGUCAUUUGGGUGGACUAAAGCGCCUGAAUGGCUUUGGACUGCUCCCCUUUUGCUUAAAAAAAUUCUACAACUUCACUACAGCAUAAAGAUUGCACAGCUUUUAAUCAUAAAAACAGACAAUCAAUGACUCCCCAUGCAGAUUAUAUAAACACUGCCAUUGUUUUUUCAUUCAAGUAAUGUUUAUGUUAAAAAUCAGAAUAGUACCCAGCCAGACAUUGGGACUGAAACAGCAAAUAUUAAAUUCCUCUAACAACUGUGGAUGGGGAAGGCCAAGUACCAGCUGCUUUUUUUUUUCUUUUUUUUUUUUUUUUAACAAUCCCAUUCUAAUCAUAUUUCCCAUCUGUGAACCAUGUGUUUUAGUUCAUGCCACGCUUUUCACACUUUU